AUGCCGUCUCCUGCGACACCCAAACGCCCCUCCAACAGUGGAGGUACCGCGAAAGCCAAGCCACUCGACAUCGGAGAGCCGCUGGGCGUCCACGACACAAACACCGUACGCUCCCGAGUACGAAAAUGGCAACAACAAGGCGGCGGAGUGAUCACGAUCGAUGACGUCUGCGCGAACGAAGAUGAAAACUCCACGAAGACCAAACCGAAGCCAGCCAAAGCCAAGGCAGAAAAGCUGGAGCGACCGAACAAGGACAAUCCCCCCGCGCUAAGGAAGCGCAGCCACAGCACGCCGCGCAAACGAGUGGUAAGCGACGAACACUGGAAAAAGACACGGAAUCGAGCUUCGACGCAAUCCUCGUCGCGCAACCUACCUCCACCCAAGCGCAUAUCCGAAUACACCACGAAUGAUGGACAGCCGAGAUCUUCGCGAUCGAGGCGCAACGACAGCGAGGACGAGCGAGAGAAGGGCCAAGACGCCCCUCGAUCCUCGAAGCGGAGCUCUGGGGCGGGCCCCAGAUCCCAGGUUCGGGACUCGAAGUCCAGCACUCGCAAUAUCGAUAAAAUCACCGAGAGCGACUAUGAGACAGACCACGGCAAGCCCGGGGAGCCCUCGGAACUCUCGGACAGGCAUAGAAAUCGGUCGCCUCCUCCCGAGGAUGUAUGGGCAGCGAGUGAAGCGGACUUCUCCGAGUUGUCAAAGAGGCGUGCUCGUGGUGCUCCGAAGCCGCCAAAAGGAGGCAUAUUCGCGCAUAUGAUCGACGAGUCCAAGAAGAUGUUUGGGAAGCCUGAGCCAGAGCCUCCUAGACCUACGCCUACUCCAACCACGGGCCGUGGAGCCAAGAUCGAGGCGUGGCUGUCUGAGACACCAGACCCCUUUCUGGACGAAGUAGAGAACAAGAGUGAUUUGCCAGCCCCCUUGGAUCUAAAAUCAGGCCGAGCAAGGCGGUCCAAGAGACUCGCAGAUGGAGAAUUACAAGCUGGCACCGAUUCCGAACCAUCAGUGAUUAGCGAAUCUCGGCCGAAGAGCGCUGUGAGCCGACACUCCAAAGGAAAGGAGAGCAUCUGUUCAACCGACAAGCCGUCCAAGUCAGGGGAGCUUGAUAGAGGCGAGGAGUCGAAACGAUCAAGCAUAGAUAAGAGCUCGAAGUCAUCAACCAAGAGCAAAGAAGAGAAGCCGGUCCAGGACAAGCCAUAUGAGGAAAGCAUCGUACCCUCGGAGUCCGAAACCCAGCCCUUUUCCGAAGACUCUGAAGUUUCAGGCCAUAAUGCACCUGUGCCACUUGGCCGCAGCAAACCUUUCCCCAGCACCGGCUACCAUCGACUAUCGACGAUUGCCUCGGUCGAAACUCUCAGCGCUACUCUUACAGAUGGAACUGCACCCGCGCCAAAGAAGGCAACGACUGAAAAGCGCCAGUCGAAGAUUGCAGAGGAAGCAGAAGAAGCAGAGAAGGAAGAUCAAUUUGAUCCUGAAUCCCUCCCGGUGGUCUCGUCACAGUUGAAACGAAGGCUCACAACCCACAAUGAUCUUAUGUCUGUCCUAUCAAUUUCAACAUCCCGAAGGGGAAGCACUCGAUCUAAUCGCAGUAUCCGUACCAACAAAAGCCGACUGGCCCACGCGACGGUUGAUGACCUGCUUCAAGAGCUCGUGGGCGAUGAGACGAAGUAUAUGCGAGAGCUGAAGACAUUGGUCGGUGGUGUCAUCCCAGUACUCCUGACUUGCGUACUCUCUCGAUCAGACUCGGCUAUUGCCGCAGGUCUAUUCCGCCCUUCUCUGGACCCUCAAGAUGAUGUGAACUUCUCGAAACCCAUUGUCAAUAUGGGCGUUGCGAUUGAGCGCCUGAAGAAUCUGCACAAACGGAUUCCUCAAGACAAUGCGGAUGCAUUGCUUACCUGGGCGCAAGGUGCUCAGAGAGUCUACCGCGAGUACUUGAAGGCAUGGCGACUUGGGUUCAAGGAUGUUAUUGUCAAUCUCGCUCCACUUGAAGAGGAUGAGGCCUCUCAAAAUGCGGACACGAAGAGUCUGGACGAAGGCCUGGAACGAGACGAGAAUGGCGAUAUCAUCGAUAGCGAUGGAGAAAAGGUCGAUGUCGCCUACCUCUUGAAGAGACCUCUAGUGCGACUCAAGUACUUGGCCAAGAGCUUCAAGGGGAUUAAUGUGCUGGAACCAUCCACCAAGGCCGAGGAAAUGGCCAAUGCCUACCAGAGUCUUGUUUACGAUGCCCGGAAACGUGUUCGAGAUGAAAGAGCGAGAUUGGAAGAUGAUUCCGCUGCUAGUAUCGAUCCAACCCGAACUAGAGACCCCAUGACCUUGGGUGUCCUUCGGGGUAUAACUGUUGAUCAGACUCGUCGUGUCCGGGCUCGUGAUUUCUUCAAUCUAUCUCUAUACCACUCGAGUGGUCAGCUGGUGGACUGCCGGGCUGAGCUGUUGUACCGAGACAACACUCCGAGCAAAGGACCUGGAGGUGAUCUACUCAUUUGUGAGAUCGAUCACUCUGAUCGCUGGCUGCUUUUCCCUCCCAUGGAUGUGCGAUGUGUCUCAGCUCGCAGGGGAGAAACUAGACACGAGAUCGUGCUUAUGCUGCGCAGUGCACCCGAGGACACCACCAAGUACUGGCAAGAACUGAUUUCACUCCGCAUUGACGAAGAAGAUGUCGGAGCUGAAUGGAUCCAAUUGCUUGGUUCGGACCCUAUCCCACCAUCAAUUUGUAGAAGCCAAAGCUUCAUCAGCCGAGCCAAGCAGAAUAGGGCCCGCAAGCCUACUGCCCAUGGCUCUCCCCCUAGGGCACAUCCCAAUGACGUUGAUGUUCCGAUUGGCGAGAAGGCCACUGGAAGACGGCGCUCAUCGACUCCAAAGGAACACUUCUCCGAGCCCAGUACUGUCAGCUCUGUUAUUGACGCAAGAAGCUCUGUGUAUUCCACAGCCACCCGGGAGACUGACUAUACCACUGGAGGAUCAGAGUUGUCAGCAAAGCCAUCCCGGCCCGACCUACCUCUUCUUCCUUCCACAGACCCCCGGAACUCGCCUACUAGCCCCGACAAGUCUUCCACAGGACUCAAGCGAUCCAAGGCUAAGAGACUUUCACGCUAUGGCGAAAGCCCGGCUUCGGAGACUGUAUCCCCAAACACUGUCGUAUCUGACAAGCCGGAUGACAGCACCAUUGUGACUUUACCAGCGGUGGCUACACCGACACCAAGUACGCCGACAGCUACACCACCAACAACGGGCAGAUUUUAUGGUGGCGAGAAGUCCGACUUUGCGGACGCGGGUUCUCCAAGAGGAAAGCCCUCCAGAAUUCCCCAGAAGACCCCGCAAAAGUCCCCGCAGAAGACGCCUGCUAGAGAAUCGCCCGAACCUGAAUCACCAAGGGUAUCAUCUGUGCCCUCGGCAGUUCUUCCUCUGAUCCCCAAGAUCCGAACUCCCAGUAGCCAGACGCAUCUGUCUACACCUACGAGCAUUGACGACGAGGAGGAAGACUAUCCCCCGCUGGAUGCUCUUCCAGAGCGCGAAGUCCCGGAAACGCCGACAAAAUCCAAGAGGAAGAAGUCCCGCAGGAGGCCCAAGUCCUCCGAUGACAGUCCUCCGCCUCCCCCGCCUCAUCGAUCACCUAGCCCUUCCACUGGCAAGCGUUCGAGCGCUCCUGUCCUCACUUCCAGUAGCGGUGGGCUCAAGCGUCGUGGCUCUUCUCCCCUAAAGCACGAGUAUGAGCCUUCGACCGCUUCGGACUACACGGAGACUGAUUCGGACGCGUCGACUGUCCGACACUACACCUACUCAUCAUCGGAGUACUCACGAUCCGCUAGAUCAUCUGAUUCGGAGGACGACUACUCAUCGGUAUCCGACGAAGAUGAAGAUUACCAAGAUACUCCCAAGGCUAGAGUGGCCGAAUCAACUCUCGAGGGCAGUUCUCUCUCGCCUUCCAACUCUGCGUCGCAAGGUGGCUACCGUGCUGUGCCACUGCAGCCAACAAAGACAUCCAAAACAAUUGCGGGUGUCUUUGUUUGGUCCGACAAAGGAAGCUGGGAGACUGUGCUUCCUGACGACUGCGACAUUAUUGUCAGUCCUGGUCUGAUUGAAGCCUUCAAGAUGGGAUCUGAUCCCAAUUCAUCAUCAAGACCACUCAUUUCUCUCGAACUUACACCACUCGUUCCUAUCCGCCGUGGCACUGCCAUCGACAUUAGCAUUCGCUCUCCCCCCACUGAGCGGUCCAAGAUCACAUCCAGUAAUAACAUUAUGUUCCGCUCGCGCAGUCCCGAAGACUGCGAUACCCUCUACGGCCUCAUCAACCAAGCAAGAAUCAACAAUCCAACCUACAUCGCCCUCCAAAACGCCCGCGGACCAUUCAAUGGCCACCCCGUUGCAUCCUUCGAGCCCGCCACAAAAUCCAGCGGAGGCCUCUUCGGCUGGCCCCGCCGCAGAAAGAGUUACCGCGCCUCAAGCUCCCCCCGCUCCCUGGCUGAAGGAUCCGAAAGCAGCGUAGGAACCAUGAGCAGCGCCUUCUCCGCAUUGAAGCGCUUCGGCGCCGGCAGCAAGAUGUUCAACAUCUCCCGCUCAACCAUCGAAUCCCGCAACGGCCGCGAAGGCAGCAUCCACUCCGGCUCCGGCGAUUCCGGCACAAACCCAUCUCCCAACUCGGGCAUCGGCCGCAUAGCGGCAGCAAUCAAGGGUGCUGACGGCAUCGGCCUCUCAAACGCCAAGAUCCGCCUCUACGCCCGCGAAUCCGCCUCUAAAUGGCGCGAUAUGGGCGCCGCCCGCAUGACCAUUAUGCCCGCUCCACCCAAGAAUACCUCUCGCCCCAGCACAGCAGUCAGCGGCCGCAGCGAUAGCAGUUUACAGAGGGGUGAUACAGACGGCACGAGUAGCAGCUCACCACCCACCUCAGGUGCAGCCUCUCCACGCCGUGGCAUUGAGACAGAGAAGCGUAUUGUCAUCCGCGGCAAGACUCGCGGUGAGACACUAUUAGAUGUCUGUCUAGGCGAAAAUGCCUUUGAGCGCAUUGCUCGUACGGGUAUUGCCGUUUCAAUUCGCGAAGAGAAUGAAGACGGCUCCGUGGCUAAGAAGGGCGGUGUCGCUACGGGCUCUGGCAAGAUUUUCAUGAUCCAAAUGAAGAGUGAAGCUGAGGCGGCUUAUACCUUUGGGCUUGUUGAUGUGAAUACGGACAUGGAUAUGUAUUUGGGCGGUGUAUUGUGA